CGAUCGAUCGCAAAUCAGUAAGCUUUAAGAUCGCUUCCCAGUUGGGUCGCAACAUGCCAGGCGAAUGGGUUUUCCUCACCAUCUUCUUGGUCCCGAUGGCCUCCGGGGGCACUACGGCGCCGUCGCUCUCCGCCAGCCCAGUGGUCUUCGCCCGGAAAUUUUUCCGGGCCAUCACCGAGGAGCCAGGGCCCCAGGUUAAUGUGCUGGUGUCCCCGGCAGCCGCCCGCAGUGCCAUGACCUUGGUCUUUAUGGGCGCCGCCGGCAAGAGUGCCGAAGAGUUGCGCUCCAACCUGAUCCUAGGAGCGGCCAAAAAAACGGAGAUAGCCAAACAACAUGCCGAGUUCUGGAGCAAGGAAUGCACCUGUGCCGAGAGGGGAGUAGCCCUGCGACUGGUCACCCGUCUGUACGUUAGCGAAGAGGAGGUCCUGCGCCCCGAUUUCAAUGUAACCGCUAUGGAGUUCUUCAAUGCCCAGGCCGAUGCUGUCGAUCUGCUGCAUCCCGACGCCGCCGUAAACAAGGUCAACAAAUGGCUGGAGAAACAGACCUUCUACACGGUCAAGAAUCUGCUCAAGCCGUCCUCCUUGAGCCCGAAGACCAGUGUCGUCCUGGUCAAUUCCCUUUUCUUCCGGGCCAAGUGGGCCAAAUCAUUCCCGUUGGAAAACACCUCUCCAGAGGACUUCUGGAUAAAUCUUCGCCAGCGAAUGGAGCUCCCAAUGAUGCGACAAACUGGACACUUUCGCUACGGCGAGUCCAAGCGACUCAAGGCCCAGAUCCUGCAGCUGCCCUUCGAGGACUCCAAUCUAACCAUGAUGAUAAUCCUGCCGAAUGAAAUCGAUGGGCUGGCGGAAAUGGAAGAGAAACUAGGAGAACUGGACAUGAAUGAGGUGGCUGCCAGAAGCAAGAUGCAGGACGUGGAAGUCUCCUUCCCCAAAUUUAGGAUCGAAGGGGAAAUGGACCUUAAAGUUCCACUAACGAAGAUGGGAAUUUCGAGAGUUUUUUCAUCAAGCCAAGCGGAUUUGAGUAACUUGUUCGCCAACAGGAAGCCUCAAAGUAUCUCAGAGGCAAGGCACAAAUUGUAUCUACUAGUCAAUGAAGCUGGCUGUGAAACAGCGCCGGAACCAGAUACCCACAUCCAUAAGACGAAAAACAAUCCUGAUCGUAAAAUCUUCAGAGCCGAUCGACCAUUUGUCUUUGCGAUUCGCAACUUCAAGGCCGUGUACUUGGUGGGCCAUUUCAUGAAGCCUUAAUUGGAGGGGCGGUGUUCGAAGUGAAAUUCUUUUAUGGUGAUGGCCCAGAGGCAAUCGUGGCAGCAGAAGGCAAUAUCCCAAUGAACAUCAAAUUAUUGCCAAACAAAUGUACACAAUGCCCAAAAAAUACAAAAAAAAGAACAUAACAGCCGGCACAGGCAAACCAGA